AUGGAAAACAUCCAUUCAGAGUCUGGGUCUGCUGUUAAGAAAAGUAUAGUACUUUCCAGUGAAAGCAGAAAAGAAUUAGCCAAGCAAGCCAAAGUAACCAAAGAGGAGAGAAGAGCUCAGAUUGACGGAAGGCACAGGUAUUUGAUAUCAAGAUUAGCAGAUGGGAUAGACUUGAGUGAGCAGCAAGUGGAGGAGACUAUUAUUUCUGAUGACAAGUUUGAACAAAUAGAACAAUUCUUUGCCCCUAGUGGACUUAAAAAGCUGAUCUUCUUUUACCAAGAUGUAUUGCAGCAAAAGUCGAGUGCAUCAUUGAGGCCAGAUGGGUCAACAAACAAUUUGCCUCAGAAGAAGUUAUUUAUUACCAUGGGUUCUACUGAGGACUUUACAGGAACUUGUGCAUUUUUCCUAAGAACAUCAGAUGAAGUUAUAACUGCAUCAAAUGUCUCUCAGGAGGUGAAUUUUGGCAUGUUUGAUUGUACUAAUGGCAACAUCCUCCAGGGACUGGAAUUCUUCUUGUCUCAGAUCAUGAUACCAGCACUCAAAUCCCAACAGAACUGGGGAGCUGUGAAAGAAGGCUUGAAGAACAGCCAGAUACAAGAGUUUUUGUAUGCAGUGGAUAAAUUUGUGAGUACUUUGUCAUCAAAUAGACAGAAUAUAGAAGAUAAAAUUCAGCUCAAAAAAGUGGAUAUUGAUAUUUAUGUCAGAAACUUACAGAACCCAUCUGAUUACAUAACUGCAGGCACUAACACAGAGGUCACUGAGAAACUUGAAGAAGUGGUCAUGAUUUGGACCAAGCAGAUUAGACAGGUUUUAGUGGAGAGUGAACAAAUUAGAAGAGAAGCUGAUGAUGUUGGUCCAUCUGCAGAGCUGGAACACUGGAAGUCAAGAAUGUCAUCAUUUAACAGCCUUUUAGACGAGAUCAAGAGUUCAAGAGUAAAGAAAAUUAUAAGCAUUCUUCAGGCAGCAAGAUCAAAGACAUUAAAACAGUGGAAGGAACUGGAUGGUAGUAUAACAAUUGCUGCCAAUGAAGCUAAAGACAAUGUGAGGUACUUGUAUGCACUGGAUAAAUUUUUUGGUCCGCUUGCCAGUGCUUCACCUGUAACAGUGAUGGAACACAUUCCCAGUUUAAUGAACACUGUCUGUAUGAUCUACUGUACAUCACCGUACUUCAACACGUCAGAGCGCAUGACAUCCCUGUUUCUUAAAAUCACCAACCAAAUUAUUAACACAUGCAAGACCUAUCUAUGUGAAGGUGUUUCAAAAAUCUGGGACCUGGACAGGCAAGAAUUGCUAAAGAGGAUACAACAGUGCAUUUUCCUCAAAGAAAAGUACCAAGCAUCCUUUCAGAAAAUUAGGGAGGAGCUAAAGGAAAGUGACAGGCAGUUUGAUAUCAGUGAAAACUACAUAUUUGGAAAAUUUGAGACCUUCUGUAAACGUUUGGAGAAAAUUGCAGAUAUGAGCAAAACUAUGGAAAGCCUUUUAGAGCUCCAGCAUAUAAAAAUAGAAGGCAUUGACGAAAUCACUACUCAAUACCAGAGCAUUGCUACAAAUACAAAAUCCAAACAGUAUGAUGUUCUGGACCAUAGGAAAAAAGAGUUUGAAAAAGAUUAUCUUGAAUUUAAGAAUCAAAUUGCAGCAUUGUAUGAAUCUAUCCAGGAAUUUGUGGAUUCCUGGUUUGAGAAGACCGUAACUACUGAACAGAUGCUGGAAUUUCUGAUAAAGCUUGAACAAAUAGGAGAAAAUAUUGAUUUAAAUGAGAAGUAUACCAUUGUUCUUCAACAGUACAGCCAAGACUUAGAGUUUAUUCAAAAACUCUAUCAGAAGGAAAAGGGAAAUCCACCUUUACCACGUAAUAUACCACCAGUAACAGGGAAGAUUAUGUGGGCUCAGCAGUUAUUCAGAAAAAUUGACCGUCCAAUGAUGUUCCUUAAAAAGAAAACCACACUUUUGAAGACAAUGGAAAUGAAAAAAGUUAUCAAGAACUACAAUAAAAUGGCUGCAGUUCUUCUGGAAUUUGAGCUUAUUUAUUAUAGAGCCUGGUGCAGGUUUGCUGACCAGGCGAGGAAUGCUCUGUGUGCUUCCUUACUUGUCAGGCACCCAGAAACCAAGGAAUUAUUUGUAAACUUAGACCCAGUGGUCCUGGAAGUACUUUAUGAGUCAAAAUACCUGAGAAAAAUGCAUUUUGAAGUCCCAGAUGUUGUCCUUGGCUUGUGCGCAGAUGAAGAACAGAUUAAAAGACAUCAAAGGGAACUCCAGAACCUGUUGAUCAGCUACAAGGAGCAUCUGAAUAGGAUCCCUGUUGUGCUGAAGCCGCUGAUGAAGCCAUUGAUAGGACAUGUUGAGGAUGCCCUUACCCCGGGCCUGAUGCAGCUGUCGUGGACUUCUUUGAACAUCAAUAAAUUUAUUCAGAACGUUUACAGUACUCUGAGGGAGUUGGACUAUGUGGUAAAAGCAGCGUCUGACACCCUGGAAUGUAGAAUUGAAAGAAUUCUGAAAGACAUGUCAAACACUGCUCUGAUAGUUUUGCCAGAAGAUGAACCUACAGAUGUGACUUCUUUCUUGGAACAAAUAGAAAAGCUUGCUAUCUCUGCUGCUUCCAAACUGUCUCAGCAGAGCCAGCAAGUGGAAUGCUCUGUGUAUGAACUUAUAGAUGUUCUUAAGCACAGUCUGAAAGCAGAUGCUGGAAGAACUCUGGAGGAUUCCUUUGCCUGUACACAUCUUGACAUGAAGCAGAAAACACGCUGCCAAGAAUGUCUGUCCUGUAGCUGCUAUAACCUGAUGGCACAGCUUUGUCAGAAGAAUACUGACUCUUUGAUCAGAUGCAUGAAGAUUUCUUUAGAAUCCUUAAGACAUCGACUGCAUGUUAUUGACUCCAGGUAUCAGACGACUAAGUCUGUACAGGCACACAGGGUUCCUUUGUUCAGAGCUGAAAUUCAACUGGCUAUUCCAAAUAUUGUUUUGAGACCAAGUCUUAAAGAUAUUCAGAGUGCUGUAAACAAAGCAGUAAAUAUCAUACUGUCAGUAGCCAAAGAUAUUCCCCUGUGGAAAUUUGCUUACUUACAUUAUAAACAGCAGCAGGUUGAACAAGCUCUUGCUUUAGAGUUAGGUGAUGAGAGCAAACUCAACAGGAUGGUGGCACUGAAACCUUUAGACAAACAGAUCAUUGAACAUAAGGAUGUAAACAAAGUGGUGAUCCAACUAAAUACAAUUAUUUUGUCUCUUAAAACUGAAGCACUGGUUCUUCUGAAGACCUUUACUGAAUUUUCGGACAUCUGGAACAAGGAUCCAGAAGAAAAGGUAAAGGAAUUUAUCGAUAAUAAACCAACAAUGGCUGAAUUCCAAUCUCAAAUCAGAUACUUUUCCCAAUUGGAAAUGAAAAUCAGAGAACUGCCCAAUCAUUGUGCACUGCAGUCAGUGGAAGUUGCAACAGAGUCACUGAAAAUAGCUUUAAUUCAGGAAUGCCGCUCAAGACAAAGAACAUUUGGAUUAGCUUUAAAUAAAAAGUCUGCCACAGAUGUGGGUGAAAUUUAUUCCUUCAUUGAAAAUGUUAGCAAGAGGUUAAGCAGACCUAUCCAUGACUUAGAAGAUGUACGGGAAGCAAUGGAAGCACUGAAGGAGAUCCGAGAGAAUGAAAUUAAAAUUGACAUGGCAGUUGGACAUAUAGAAGAAUCUUACUCUGUUCUUCAUAAAUACAAUCUGCUCUUUCAAGAUGAAAAUACAGAAAGAGGUGAUGGAUUGGCCUAUGUCUGGAAGAACCUAAACACACAGGCACGACAGGUUGAGGACUUGCUGCUGAAGGUACAGCCAGAGAUGAAAACAGAUUUACUGAGAGGUGUUCAAAAAUUCCAAAUUGAUACUGCAGGAUUUUAUAAAGAAUAUGCUGAAAAGGGCCCCAGUGAGGACAAUAUUCCUCCCCAUGAAGCAAGUAACAGAUUACAGAUCUUUCAAGCCAUAUUUGAUGAACUGUGGAGGAAGUAUCUCUCUCUUUCUGGUGGGGAAGAAUUAUUUGGUCUUCCCAUCACAGAAUAUCCUGAACUUCACAAAAUUAAACGUGAACUUUCAUUGCUUCAGAAACUUUACAGUCUUUAUGAUACAGUUACUUCUAGUAUCGACAGAUACAAUGAAAUGCUUUGGAAUGGUUUAAAUAUUGAAAAAAUUAACAGUGAACUUCUGGACUUUCAAAGCAAAAUCCGAAAAUUACCGAAAGCAUUGAAGGAAUGGCAAGCUUUUCAAGACCUAAAAAAAAAAAUUGAUGACUUCACUGAGAGCUGUCCUUUGCUUGAAAUGAUGAAAAACAAAGCAAUGUUGUCAAGACACUGGGAAAAAAUUGCACAAGUAACUGGGCAUCACUUUGAUGUUGACUCUGAAAAUUUCACUCUAAAAAACGUAAUGGAUGCCCCUUUAUUAAAACAUAAAGAAGAUAUUGAGGAUAUCUGCAUCAGUGCUGUGAAAGAAAAGGAUAUUGAAGCAAAAUUGAAGCAUAUCAUCAGUGAAUGGAGUACUUAUGCUUUCAGUUUCAGCCAAUUCAAAACUCGUGGAGAACUUCUUCUGAAAGGAUCAGAUAUAUCAGAGAAAAUAGCUUUGGUGGAAGAUAGCCUCAUGAUGCUGGGGUCACUGAUGAGCAACCGGUAUAAUGCACCUUUUAAGUCCACUAUACAACAAUGGGUUCAAAAGCUGACCAAUACUGCAGAGAUAAUUGAAAAUUGGAUUACUGUACAGAACCUCUGGAUUUACCUUGAAGCUGUGUUUGUUGGUGGAGACAUUGCAAAACAACUACCUCAGGAAGCCAGAAGAUUUCAGAACAUUGAUAAGUCAUGGCAGAGAAUUAUGCAGAGAGCCCAUGAAACAUCAGACAUUGUGCAGUGCUGUGUUGGAGAUGAGACUUUGGCACAGCUGCUACCACAUUUGCUGGAACAGUUGGAAAUCUGUCAGAAAUCACUGACUGGCUAUUUGGAAAAAAAACGGUUAAUAUUUCCGAGAUUUUUUUUUGUAUCUGACCCUGCUCUUCUGGAAAUCCUUGGUCAAGCAUCUGAUUCCCAUACUAUUCAGGCACAUUUAUUAAGUUUGUUUGACAAUGUUAAUCGAGUGGGAUUUCAUGAAAAAAACUACGACCAGAUUUUAUUGUUUGAAUCUCAAGAAGGAGAACAGGUCAAUAUUAUCGAACCAGUUUUAGCUCAGGGCAAUGUGGAAUUCUGGUUAGGUCAGCUGCUGAAUGGGAUUAGGAAAACAAUCCACACCAUCAUUAGACAGGCAUCAAUGGCCAUUAACGAUUCAGAAUUUAAGAUGUAUGACUUUCAGGCAAUGUUUCCUGCACAAAUAGGACUUCUGGGAAUUCAAAUUAUCUGGACCAGAGAUGCAGAGAAGGCACUGAACAGUACCAAAACAGACAAAAAGGUAAUGCACACAACAAAUCAGAAGUUCUUGGAACUUUUAAAUGAGUUGAUUGACAUGGCAACACACAAUCUGACAAGAAUGGAGCGCACAAAAUAUGAAACUUUAAUCACCAUUCAUGUGCACCAGAAGGAUAUCUUUGAUGAUUUGGUCCGUAUGAACAUUAAAUCUCCAUCUGAUUUUGAAUGGCAAAAACAAUCUCGAUUUUAUUUUCUUGAAGACUUGGAUAAAUGCAUUAUCAAAAUCACUGAUGUAGAGUUCACCUACUGCAAUGAGUACUUAGGCUGUACAGACAGGCUUGUUAUAACUCCCUUAACUGACAGAUGUUACAUCACUCUGGCACAGGCCCUGGGCAUGAGUAUGGGUGGUGCACCAGCAGGACCUGCCGGGACAGGGAAAACAGAGACAACUAAAGACAUGGGCAAAUGCCUGGGAAAGUAUGUUGUUGUUUUCAAUUGUUCAGACCAAAUGGACUACAGAGGACUCGGUCGUAUCUAUAAAGGUUUAGCUCAGUCAGGUGCGUGGGGUUGCUUUGAUGAAUUUAACCGCAUUGAACUUCCAGUUUUAUCAGUGGCUGCUCAGCAGAUAUAUAUUGUACUUCAGUGUAAGAAAAAAAAGAAACUUCAGUUUACCUUCACUGAUGGUGAUGUCGUUGACAUGGACAGAGAAUUUGGUAUAUUUCUGACUAUGAACCCUGGCUAUGCAGGACGACAGGAACUUCCCGAAAAUCUGAAGAUUCAGUUUCGCACGGUUGCCAUGAUGGUGCCUGACCGCAGCAUUAUUAUGCGAGUCAAGUUGGCAAGUGCUGGUUUCCGAGACAACCAAGUCCUUAGUCAAAAAUUCUAUACACUCUACAAACUCUGUGAAGAGCAGUUAUCUAAACAGGUUCACUAUGACUUUGGGCUUAGAAAUAUCCUGUCUGUUUUAAGAACACUUGGAGCAGUGAAAAGAUCUAAUCCCCAAGAGCCAGAGAAAACUGUGGUAAUGAGAGUUCUGCGAGACAUGAACCUCUCCAAACUGGUGGAUGAAGAUGAACCUUUAUUUAUGAGUCUCAUUAAUGACCUAUUCCCUGGAAUUACUCUGGAUAAAUCUGGGUAUCCUGAACUACAGUCAGCCAUCCAAAAACAGACAGAGGAAGCAGGGCUUAUUAAUCAUCCACCAUGGCUACUUAAACUCAUUCAGCUUUAUGAAACUCAACGAGUCCGACAUGGUAUGAUGACUCUAGGUCCAACUGGUGCAGGAAAGACAAAAUGCAUUAAUAUUUUGAUGAAAGCAAUGACAGAUUGUGGUGCUCCUCAUAAAGAGAUGAGAAUGAACCCAAAGGCAAUCACAGCUUCCCAGAUGUUCGGUACCCUUGAUGUUGCUACAAAUGACUGGACAGAUGGUAUUUUCUCUACCUUAUGGAGAAAAACCUUAAAGGCAAAGAAGGGUGAGCAUAUCUGGAUAGUUUUGGAUGGACCUGUUGAUGCAAUAUGGAUUGAAAAUCUGAACUCUGUUCUGGAUGAUAAUAAGACCCUUACUUUGGCCAAUGGAGAUCGCAUUCCGAUGUCCCCCAAUUGCAAAAUUAUUUUUGAACCUCACAACAUUGACAAUGCUUCCCCUGCAACAGUUUCUCGUAAUGGGAUGAUCUUCAUGAGCUCUUCAGUGUUAGACUGGAAGCCUAUUUUAAGGGCUUGGCUGCAGACACUACCAGCUACAUACUCCAAUGUCCUAUGGAAUUGCUUUAAUGCUGUAUUUCAGGAUGUGAUGGAUUUUGUUUUCUCUGCUGUGACACCAAAAAUGUCAAUUUUAGAAUGUAUGUACAUCAAGCAAGCUAUUGACCUCCUACAGGGUCUGCUGUCUGGCCGAGACGAGAAGCAGCUCAGUGAGGAACAUAUUGCUCGCUUGUUUGUUUUCUCUGUGAUGUGGUCAGCUGGAGCCCUUCUGGAGCCAGAUGACAAGCUGAAAAUGGAGCUGUUCCUACGGAAGCACUCUGCAGUGAAAGAGCUUCCAGCUGUGAAUGGAGAGGAAACCAUGUUUGAAUUUGGUAUCAAUUCCUGUGGCCAGUGGGAGCACUGGUCAAAGAAGGUCCCUGAAUAUAUUUAUCCUAAAGAUUCAGUUCCAGAAUAUACUUCCAUUCUAGUUCCAAACAUAGACAGUGUCCGAACAGACUUUCUGAUGCACACUAUAAUGAGGCAAGGAAAAGCUGUUUUGCUAAUUGGGGAACAAGGAACAGCAAAAACUGUUACGAUUAAGAAUUACACAAGCAAGUAUGAUCCCGAUGUUCACUUGACCAAAUGCCUAAACUUUUCCUCUGCAACUCUGCCACAUAUGUUCCAAAGAAGCAUAGAAAGUUACAUAGGCAAAAGAAUGGGCGCUACACACGGUCCUCCAGCAGGGAAGAAAAUGACUGUUUUUAUUGAUGACAUCAACAUGCCUCUGAUUAAUGAAUGGGGUGAUCAGAUCACCAACGAGAUUGUAAGACAGCUGAUGGAACAGAAAGGUUUCUACAGUUUGGAGAAGCCAGGGGAAUUCACGAGUGUGGUUGACAUCCAAUUUGUAGCUGCUAUGAUUCACCCUGGGGGAGGUCGGAAUGACAUCCCACAACGCCUGAAACGCCAGUUCACCAUCUUCAACUGCACACUGCCUUCUACUUCCUCUAUUGAUAAGAUAUUUCAAACAAUAGCUGAAGGCUAUUUCUGUGAACAACGACAUUUCCCUGCAGAAGUAUGUAAACUGGCUUCAGCAUUAGUAUCUACAAGUCGAAAGGUUUGGCAAAUGACAAAAGCAAAGAUGUUACCAACUCCAGCUAAAUUUCAUUACAUCUUCAAUUUACGAGACCUCAGUCGUAUUUGGCAAGGAAUACUUACAGUUACUUCUGAUGUCUGCCAGAGCAUCAGUGUUUUGGUAGCCUUAUUCCAACAUGAGUGUCGACGUGUUAUUGCAGACAGGUUCAUCAGCCAAAGCGAUAAAGACUGGUUUGAAGAUAUGAUGAGGAAGAUUAUUUCUGAGGAACACGGUCAAAAUCUAUUUGGAGAUAAAUGCACAGAAUUAUACUUUGUGGAUUUCUUGCGUGAUGUCUCGGAGGCUGCUGGAGAUGAACCUGAUGAUGCAGAGUUGAAGGCUCCUAAAAUUUAUGAGCCUAUCCCAUCUUUGGAUUACUUGGCUGAAAGAUUACAGAUGUUCAUGCAACAGUACAAUGAAACUGUCAGAGGAUCAAAGAUGGAUUUAGUAUUUUUCAAGGAUGCAAUCAUCCAUUUGAUUAAAAUAUCACGGAUUAUUCGUACUCCACAAGGAAAUGCACUGUUGGUGGGUGUGGGUGGAUCUGGAAAACAGAGUCUGACCAGACUAGCAUCAUACAUUGCUGGAUAUGAGAGCUUUCAGAUUACUUUAACAAGAACAUAUGCCACCAACAACCUUUUGGAUGAUCUGAAAACGUUGUACCUCACUGCUGGGCAAAAAGGAAAGGGUGUUGUCUUUAUAUUCACAGACAAUGAAGUCAGAGAUGAAUCUUUUCUUGAGUACAUGAACAAUGUUUUGGCUUCAGGUGAAGUCUCAAAUCUUUUUGCACGAGAUGAAAUAGGUGAAAUCACACAAGACCUGAUUCCAGCAAUGAAGAAAGAGUACCCAAGGCUUAGUCUCACUGGAGAAAAUCUUUAUAAUUACUUUCUUGCUCGAGUUCGGAAUAACCUCCAUGUGGUUCUUUGUUUUUCCCCUGUUGGGGAAAAAUUCAGGACUCGUGCACUCAAAUUUCCAGGUCUGAUUUCAGGCUGUACCAUGGACUGGUUCCAGCAUUGGCCUAAAGAUGCUCUCGUAGCAGUUGCACAGCAUUUUUUAGCUUCUUACCAUAUUGAGUGUACAUAUGAAGUGAAGCAGAGUGUUGUUAACACCAUGGGAACAAUUCAAGAUAUUGUAGCUGAAAAAUGUGAUGAAUAUUUUGAACGAUAUAGGAGACGAACUUUUGUGACACCAAAAUCUUAUCUGUCCUUCAUUGGAGGCUACAAAGCUAUUUACAAAGAGAAGUUUGCCAGUCUUGGGAGUUUGUCUGAACGCAUGAGAACAGGUCUUGCAAAACUGAUGGAAGCUGAGGUUUCUGUAAAUCAGCUCUCCAAAGAGCUGGUUAUGAAGGAGAAAGAUUUGGCUUUAGCUUCAAAAAAAGCUGAUGAAGUUUUAUUGGAAGUAACUAUGAAGGCCCAUGCUGCAGAAAAAGUAAAAAUGCAGGUGCAAAUGGUAAAAGACAAGGCUCAGGCUAUUGUGGAUGACAUUGCCAUUGAUAAAUCAGCAGCAGAAGAGAAGCUUGAAGCUGCAAGACCUGCACUGGAAGAAGCUAAGGCAGCACUGCAGACAAUAAAACCUUCUGACAUUGCAACUGUUCGCAAACUGGGUAAACCUCCUCACCUGAUAAUGCGGAUCAUGGACUGCGUGCUGCUUUUAUUCCAAAGGAAAGUAGACUCAGUGACUCUAGAUCACGACCGCCCAGGUAUGAAACCAUCAUGGACUGAGGCUCAGAAACUAAUGAACAAUUCAGGAUUUCUUAGCAUGUUGCUUACUUUUCAGAAGGAUUCAAUUACAGAAGAAACUGUGGAGCUUUUAGAGCCUUAUUUGGAUAUGGAGGAUUAUAAUCUUGAGACUGCUAAAAAAGUGUGUGGAAAUGUAGCAGGUCUUUGCUCAUGGACACAAGCAAUGGCUUACUUCUACGGUAUUAAUAAAGAAGUUCUUCCUCUUAAGGCAAAUUUAGCUUUGCAAGAAGGAAGACUUUCAGCUGCCCAAAUGGAAUUGAAUAGUGCACAAAAUCAGCUGGAUGAGAAGCAGAAGGAACUGGAUGAAGUACAAGCCAUGUAUGAUGCUGCUAUGAAGGAGAAGCAGGCCUUGCUCGAUGAUGCUGAGGUGUGCCGAAGGAAGAUGAACAAUGCCACGGCUCUGAUUGAAGGAUUGGGGGGAGAAAAGCUUCGUUGGACAGCAAGCAGCAAAAACUUUCAAAAUCAAAUUAUUAAUUUGGUGGGGAAUGUUCUUCUGGCCACCGGAUUUCUCUCUUACUCUGGACCUUUCAAUCAGGAGUACAGGAAUUUGCUACUCCAAUUGUGGAAGAAAGAGAUGGACAAUAGCAAAAUUCCAUAUAGUAAAAACUUGAACCUUACUGGUAUGCUUGUUGACAAUGCUACAGUGGGUGAAUGGAACCUUCAGGGUCUUCCAAAUGAUGACCUUUCAAUUCAAAAUGGCAUUAUUGUCACAAAAGCAUCUAGAUAUCCUUUGCUGAUUGAUCCACAAGGUCAAGGAAAAAGCUGGAUCAAAAAUAAGGAAAAGAAUAAUGGACUUCAGGUUACAGCUAUGAACCACAAGUUCUUCAGAAGUCAUAUAGAAGACUGCUUGUCCCUUGGCCGACCUCUCUUAAUUGAAGACAUUGGGGAGGAACUUGAUCCUGCUCUAGAUAACAUCUUGGAAAAAAAUUUCAUAAAAUCUGGUUCAGCACACAAAGUGAAAGUAGGUGACAAGGAGGUAGAUCUGGCGAAGGGGUUUACCCUCUAUAUGACAACAAAGGUGGCUAAUCCUGUUUAUACUCCAGAAAUUAGUGCAAGAACAACCGUGAUUGACUUUACUGUUACCAUGAAAGGGCUGGAAGAUCAGCUCCUUGGCCGUGUCAUCCUCACAGAAAAGCAGGAACUGGAAGCAGAAAGAAUCAAACUGAUGGAACAAGUGACAUAUCACAAGAGGAAAAUGCAGGAGCUUGAAGAUAAUCUUCUCUGCCGUCUAACCAGUACAGAAGGCUCGUUGGUUGAAGAUGAGUCUCUGAUAGAAGUCUUGAGGAUCACUAAAACAACAGCAGAAGAGGUCAGUGAAAAACUGAACACAGCAAUGGAGACAGAGGUGAAAAUCAAUACUGCACGUGAAGAGUAUCGGCCUGUAGCAGGUCGUGGUAGCAUCCUUUAUUUCCUAAUUGUGGAAAUGAGCAUGAUUAAUGUCAUGUACCAAACAUCUUUAGGGCAGUUCCUUGGCAUUUUUGACCUAUCAGUGGAAAGAUCUCAGAAAUCUCAAAUUGCAGCAAAAAGGGUAGUUUUUAUAAUCGAGCAUCUCACCUAUGAAGUCUUCAAGUACACGGUUCGAGGGCUGUAUGAAAAUCACAGGUUCCUGUUCACAUUGCUUCUGGCACUGAAGAUUGACUUGCAGGCCAAGAAAAUUUCACACAAUGAGUUUGAGACACUGAUCAAAGGAGGUGCCAGCUUGGAUAUGAAUUCUGUGGAACCAAAACCAAAAAAGUGGAUCCUUGACACAACAUGGCUCAAUCUUGUGCAGUUAUCUAGCUUGUACCCUUUCAAUCAACUUCUGGUGCAAAUUGUUAAGAAUGAGAAGUCUUGGAAAGCCUGGUUUGAUGAAGAAGCUCCUGAAAAAUCUGUUAUUCCUGAUGGCUAUGACAGCUUACUGGAUCAAUUCCAUAAACUGCUCCUUGUCCGCAGUUGGUGCCCUGAUCACACUGUUGCCCAAGCUCGUCACUACAUUGCAGAAUCUCUUGGAGAGAAAUAUGCAGAAGGAUUUAUUCUUGAAAUGGAAGCAAUGUGGACAGAAAGUGGCUGUCGAACACCUUUGACAUGCCUUUUAUCAGUGGGGUCUGAUCCCACUGAAAAUAUAGAAUGUCUUGCAAAAUCAAAGAACAUUCCAUGUCGUGCAAUUUCAAUGGGUCAGGGCCAGGAAGUCCAUGCAAGGCACCUGCUAAAUCAAUGCAUGCAAGAUGGAGGAUGGCUCCUUCUACAGAACUGCCACCUUGGCUUGGAAUUUCUUCAUGAAUUAAUGGACACCAUCACAACAAAAGAGUCUAUGAGUGAAGAUUUCAGAACCUGGAUCACUACAGAGGCUCACCCAGAGUUUCCUAUUAAUCUUUUACAGUCCUCUAUAAAAUUUACCAAUGAAUCUCCUCAAGGUGUGAAAGCUGGCUUAAAACGAACGUACUCAGCUAUUACUCAGGAUCUGCUGGGAGUGAGCAAAAUGCCACAGUGGAAACCAUUGCUGUAUGCUGUGGCAUUUCUUCACACAACUGUUCAGGAAAGAAGAAAGUUUGGCCCAUUGGGCUGGAAUAUUCCUUACGAAUUUAAUCAGGCAGACUUUGCAGCCAGUGUGCAGUUUGUUCAGAACCAUUUGAAUGAUGUGGGUAUCAAGCACGGAGUGAACUGGAGCUGUGUUCGCUACAUGCUUGGAGAAGUGCAGUACGGCGGCCGCGUAACCGAUGACCUCGACAAGGCACUGCUGAACACGUAUGCAAGAGUCUGGUUUGGAGAGCACAUGUUCAGUGAAAAAUUUUGUUUCUACAAAGGUUACGUUAUUCCAAAAGGCAAUACAGUGGAAGACUAUCUCCAGCACAUAGAGCAGUUGCCAGUGAUUGAUACACCAGAGGUAUUUGGACUUCACCCUAACGCAGAUAUAACUUACCAGACCAACCUGGCAAAUGAGACAUUUAGUACCAUAGUGAGCAUCCAGCCCAAAGACAGCAGUACUAGAGGGGGAGAAACCCGGGAAGCAGUGGUGCAGCGUCUUGCUGAUGAGAUGCUAGAGAAGUUACCUCCAGAUUAUAACCCUCAUGAGGUGAAGGCCCAGCUUCAAAAGAUGGGAGCUUUUCAGCCCAUAAACAUAUUUCUCCGUCAAGAAAUUGAUCGGAUGCAACUUGUUAUAUCCAGAGUUCGAGCUACACUGACUGAUCUCAAAUUGGCUAUUGAUGGAACCAUGAUUAUGUCAGAAGAAUUGCAAGAUGCUUUAGAUAAUAUUUAUGAUGCUAGAAUUCCAAAACUGUGGUUUAGGAUUUCCUGGGAGUCAUCUACCUUAGGAUUUUGGUUUACUGAGCUUCUUGAGCGAAACCAGCAGUUCAGCAGCUGGCUGCAGGAUGGCCGUCCAAACCAGUUCUGGAUGACAGGAUUCUUUAAUCCACAGGGAUUCCUGACAGCCAUGAGGCAAGAGACAACUCGCAUGAAUUUAGCCAAAGGGUGGGAACUGGACAGCGUUGUUCUAUGCAGUGAGGUGACCAAGAUGAUGAAAGAAGAUGUUGUUGGUCCUCCUCCUGCUGACAUUGGUGGGGUUUACAUACAUGGUCUGUUCCUUGAAGGAGCAGGCUGGGACCGCAGGAACAGCAAGCUGGUGGAGUCAGCACCAAAGGUGCUGUUCACAAGCCUUCCUGUAGUCCAUGUGUAUGCUGUUAGCACGACAGCGCUGAACGACCCAAGGAAGCAGCACGGAAAUGUCUACUCCUGCCCCGUCUACAAAAAGCCUCGGAGAACAGACCUGACGUACAUCUUCUCUUUGUAUCUGAAAACAGUGCAGAAUCCUGAUCACUGGACUUUGAGGGGGGUAGCACUGCUCUGCAGUUCGAAGUAAGAACAGACAGCUGUGAAGGAGAGAAAGAAAGAACCACCAAGUAGGAUUAAGCUGCAGCCAGUGUUGCAUUGUUAUUGUCAAAGUGGUGUCUACCUUCUCACAGGGGGAUGGGGAUUGGCAGGCGAUACAUAGAGAUUAUGUUAGCUGCACAUAGAUCAGUUUACUCUGUUCACAGCAAAAAUACUGAAUUUAUUUAUCCUGGGAAUAUCAGAGGGAAAACAGCUGCAGAUGUAAAUUCGACAACUCUUAUAAAGCAAGUGAGAAUAUAAUCAACUAAUUUGCUCAUAAUGGAAACACUACAUAAAAAAGUGCUUAUGAUAGUGACAACUGCUCUGACAUCUUAUGGUGGUUCUUUUGUAGAUGUUAUCUUUCAUCUUAAUACAAGAAUUUUUCAUAAUAUAAUUAUUUUUAAAUUCAAGUUUGUAGUUAAAAUCUCAUCAUCCAUAACAUUAUUAAAGCUGUAAUGACAAGAUAAUUAAAUGCAUAGUGAAGUUUUAUGUUUAUCUGCAUAUAUUUCAAUGCACAGUUCCUAUGAUUUUGUUUUUCUAAGCUUGCUGGGUGGUUUUACUAAUGGCUGUGACCAUUUUCUUGAACAGUCAUUUUUUAAUGGAAACAAUCAUAGAAAGAGGAGUGUUUAUCUUUGCACAAGAAAUGCUUUUUGCACUUAUUAACUUGUUUCUAAACCUAUAUCCACUUAUAAGGAAGGUUUGCACAUCCCCCAUUAUUAGCAGGAAGGAAGGUUUUAAAGUUUUCUCAGAGUAAACACAUAUGAACACCAUUUUGGCUCUAUUAAUACCCCUUCCAUUUGAAUUUGUGCCUGAAUCCUGAAAACUCAAACCUCUUAAGUGCUUUUUGUUCUGUAUUUUGCAUCAGUUUAGUUUUAAAAAAGGAAGACGACACACAGGCCAUACUUCACCUAAAUGGUUGAACUAUUUUUGUGUUAACCACCACAGCUAUCUACCCUGUAAGUGAAGGAUGACUGAUACUUGUCUUUUAAUAGACAGAUGGGUAUUGGCAGAAAAUGUGUUUGGCUUCUUUCACUAGUACAAAUUCGAAGCAAAAGAAACUGUUGUUGGAUGUUAUGAAAGAAAGACUUGCAGUCAGGACUUUGUUAAUAUUUUUUUUUCUCCUUGUAAACACUUUUAAUUUUUGUAUAGCAAGUGUCUAAGAAAGUAGUUCAUAUCUUUCAUAGCCAGUUUUACUCUGCAGUUAGCAAUUGCAGGGCUCAUUCCACAAGGAAGUUUGAUAUUCACACUCACACCCACAACGAAGUACAGAGUGCCAGAUUUCUUCUUGGAAAACAGAGAAGACAGGGACACGGUCCCUUUUUUCCACUAAGCUAGGAGCAACAGUGCUGGCAAGAUUAUCUUUUCAAGUGAAACCAACUGUUCAAAAAAUAUACACCAGACCUCCCUGCAGUGCAGCUGUACAUCAACGGAUUUCAUUGAGAAUUUUGUUUCUGAGAUGGCUGAAGGAUUCGGCUUAGUGAUCAUUGAUCUUGGAAAUUAUGAAAAAUAUGAGGGAGACUUCAAGUAGCAAAGGUCUGUGCUGUUCCACAGAAACUGAGGCUGCAAACCAUAGAGUUUUCCCCAUCCCUUACCUUUAUGAGGGGAUAUGGAGUAAUUUAACUUUGAACUCUUGGUUCACGUAAAAGUCAGAUCAGUAACAGUGAUACAGAUUUAAAAUAAAAAAUGUACAUUGAAAUACUUCGCACACCUGAAGAAUUCACUGCUUGCUGUGAAACAAAUAAUCCUCUGACCAACUGAAGCUAGAAGUAAAUAUUAAAAUAAUAUAUAUUUGAUCGAGGUUAUACCUGGUGCUACAUCAUGUGUUCCAUGGAAACUGCAUCACUUCUUUUCUUUUUCAAGCAAAAUGCUAUAUGAAGAAAAUCUAUGGUAAAUUAUGUUCUAGCACAUAGUGUUCUGCUGUAUAAAAAUGUAAAGAAAUAGCUUAUUUGAACAUGAACAUUUUCAUUUCAAGAACUAAACCCUGUUUAUCAGUUUAGAAAAAUGCCAAAUCUUGAAGAAUUAGAAUGCAAACCAUAUUACUGAAGAACCAUAAAAAUCAUACAGUAUUUCACUGAAGAUAGCUAUACAGAACUGAAGAACAUAAAGUGACUUUGCUUCAAAAAGGCUUCUGAUCACUGGUAAAGAACACCAAACAAAACAUUCAGUAUAUCUGUCAAGUAAAAUGCUCUUUCCUUUUUGCAUGUGAUUAUAGUAGAGUGGAGAUGAACAAUUUAUUAUUGACUGAAAUGUGUUCCUUUACCCAUCUUCUUCUCUUGCUCUAUCCUGCCCUUCCACUCAGUGGAGUUUCUGCUCCCAAUCUGGCAACACUAAUUUGGUUUGAAAUGCCACUGACACAGUAAAGCAUUGACCUUCCCCAACCAGUGUUCUCUAGUUACUAUUGCUAGAGCUGUUUCACUUCAAGUGGGAUGUACACCAAUCUAAAUGAAAGAACUGGCAGGCAGAAUACUUGAAAUCAAACUAAUUAUAUUUGAGUGAUAGAUUAACAAUUAGCUGGAAGUUGUCAAACAAUGUAUUUAGAUAACCAAGUUAUGCUCUUCUGUUAAAAUGAACCCAAGGUAUUAAAUACAAUUAUACAGCUUUUGGCAAUAUUGUACAAGUUUCACACAGAUAGUAAUGACUAACAUUGCUUUAGAUAAGUGCUUUAAAGGCAACUCCAUUUAAGAAUGAAGAGAGCAAUACAGUCCUGCACCCCAUGUCAGCGUAGCAGUCAUGUUUACAAACAUAUCUGAUGUCAGGACACUGGCUCCUGAGAGUUGCAAAUAAACAGCAUUCCAUAGUCCAAAGGGUGUCUGUCUCAUAAUCCCUGAGGCUGUGACUGGUCAAUAAUGAUGAUGAUAGGAAAAAAAA